AUGUCUACUUCAUACACCAAUACCAAGUAUACGUGCGGCCAUGUUGUAGAGAAAGAAGCACCAAUUCGACAAUCAAGCGAGAAGCCUUCGCAAGAGCCCAAGGAGUCAUUGACACGCGCUUUGACUGGGAAAUUCAAGAAAGGUUUGAAGCGUGUUCUCACCUCAGGAGCUUCCAAGCCCACCAUGCGCUAUUCUAGAUUGAGGUGCCCAGCCUGUGCCCGCGAGGUCACCGCUACCUUCAAAUCUGACAAAUACGUAGGAUGGGUCGACGAAAACCCAGCUCCAAGCCGAGACAGCUCCCAGCCCGAAGAACGCAACCUCGAAGUUCGCCACAGCGAUGAGAUCCUCAGGGAAGAAAUCCACUCGCAAGAGCAGCUCGCACCUUUGGAGACCACCAGCGACUGGCGCCGUGAACAUGCUCGUCUUCUCCUCAGGGCUGUCGGCCGAGAAGCCCAGCGUCGCGAAGCUACUCAGCAGGUUCAAGAUCGAAAGGACACACUCGAUUCCCUCGAAGGACGUCGUCCCAGCAUCCAGCGUCGUCCCACUCUGCCCAUUGGUGGAGUUUGGGACUCCAAGGAGGAGGAGUCGCGACCCCAGUUCGACGAGCUCGACCUCUUCGGCUACAUUUCUUCAGACCCCGACAGCGAGUGA